CAUUACACUUUUUUUUCUCCCACGAAACAUCUCUGUUGCUCUCUGUUGCUUUCUUCUGGUCCGUGGAUGGAAGGCACGUCAGAGAGGAGGAGAAGAAGAGAAGGGAAAGAAAGAAAGAGAGGAGAAUAAAAGGGAGAGACUGUUGGCCUUGACUGGGUAUGAUGGGUCAUUUGGAGAUAUAAGUAGCCAUCAGCUGUGUGACUGAGUAUAUGGAUACAAGCACUCACAUACACACUGAUUUGUAGCGACAGUGUAGGCCAUUCUGAGAAAAAUCUUGGUUAGAGACGCUUAGAGGUGACUCCUGGGAAAAUGAGAGCAAGUGAUGGCUGGCGGCACGGACCUCUUCCUCCUAAUCCUGCGUGCAAGUCAAUAUACCAAGUCAGAGCAGCCGGUGUGAUGAUGUCGGUAUAAGUGUUUGCGGGACGGCGGGGCGGUGUGUCCUUGUGGUUUAUGUGGGUUUUGCCAGUAUGUGGUUGUGGUCGUGGAUAACGAGAUUUAUUAACAGCCCCAUGAGGGAUUGACCGAUUGUGGAGUGUGAACUAGGGAGGGUGAGGGUUGAGGGGGGAGGUGUGCAUCUCGGUGUAGGAAUUGGCAAAUUCUUUUCAUCUGUGGUCCUUAGAGAUGGAGUUGGGGAAGGAUGUGCAUGAGGAGGAGGAGGAGGAGGCCAAGGAGGGGGUAGUGGGGGUUGAAGGAGGCAUGUCAUCGAAGGAGGCCAAAGACGAGGGCACUCCCAGGGAUGCCAGUGCCGCCGAAAGUAAUGACGAAAAGGAUACGAAGGAUGGCUUAAACACAGACUCUGAAAGUUCCAUGUGGGAGGGCUUCAGAAUGGACAUCGAUGCAGAGGAAUUCAUCAUUCUUGAUGAAAUGAUUGAGACUGACAUGGUUGAGGAGGAUGAGAGUAACUUACCAAUAUCCUGGGAAGGUAGUGAGCCUCAGAGCCCCAAGGCAGGAGGAGGGGAGGAAAAAGAAAGAGAAGAAGGGGAUUGUGGAAAAAGCCCCAGCAGUCGUGAGAAGGAGACACUGACAGAAGGGGACAGGAGCAGUGGGGUGAAUGGUACUACGACUGGAAUGGAAAGUAGCUCUGGGUGUGGGGAAAGGCAGCCACCCAGUGAAGGACAUGGGUCAGAGUCCCCCAAAGAAAGUAAGGCACAGUGUAGAUCAGAGGGGAGGGAGGACAGCAAAGUGGGUGCUAGUGAAGUGACCACUGUAAGGGGUGUACAAAGCAAAGAAAGAACUCCAAGUAGAAGUGAUAGAGUGUUAGAAAAUUGUGAAGGGAAAAGGGAGGGUGGUUUUGUAAAUAGCAUUAUUUCAAAAGGGGAAACAGAUGAAGUAAAAAUUUCACAUGUGGAGGAAAGUUCAUCCUUGCACACUCCUGGGGAACCUGUCAGUAAACCUGAUGCAGAUGAAAAACCUGCAACAGGAAAAAGUGAGACACCCCAGGAUUUGGCCUUGUCUUGUCAGGCAGAAGGCACCAAUCAAAAGAGUGAGGAGAAAGAUGCACUACAGGGAUGUGUUCAGGGUGAGACGACCAUGGAAAGGGGAAAAGUGAAGGGAGGAGGGGAAGGUGUAGAAGAGAAAAAACAAAGCGAAGAGCAGAACAAAAAACAUGAUAGUAAAGAUGAGAGAGAAUCGAAAGAUGGACAGAAGAAGAAUGAUAGUAAUCAAAAGCCUAAUGAACAAACAAAGAGAACAGAGAAUAAUGGAAAUAAAAAGAUUCAGGGAGGAAGAGUAAAGCGUAAUGCAAAUGGCGAAGCAAAGCACAAACCGGAUGAUAAGGAGCCCCAGCAAGACCUUGCAACGACCUCCAGUAGACUGAAAGUACAAGGAUCUGGCAAAGUCCAGACUGGCCACCAGAAGGGAAGAGGGGAAUGGAACAAACACCCCAAAGACAAAAAGAAAACAGUUAACAAAGAACAAGGACCCAGUAAAGUGGCAAAGAAUAUUAGUCACCGGAGCUCCAAAGAGGAGAACAGAGGUGCUGCAAAAAGCAAUAACAACAGCACUUCUUCUGGCAAGGCUGCAGAAGAGGCCACAGCAAAGAGGGAGGCAGCAUCUUCUAAAGACAGCACAUCCAGGAAAGAGCAGCCACAAGCUAAUGCAAAUCAAGGGCAAAGCAAGAGCAAGCCCACAAAGGGCAACGACAUAAAAAACAACAGCAAAAACAUCAACAGCGGAAACAUCAGCAAAAACAACAAGGAGAGGAAAGUUCCUUUGUCGAAGAGGGGACGAGAGGAGUUGGAAGACUCCAAAAGUAGGAAGAGGCCCAGGAGGGAGAAUAUAGAGGAGAGAGGCAUAGAGGAUGAGGAAUUUCAAAAGUCUUUGGAAACAGCAAAGGAGGCCAUGGCAUCCAGCAGGAGAUACAGCCGAGUGAUCAUCGUUGGAGAUUCACGGAUUGAGCAUUUGAACAGCCACUGGACUUGGGAGGACGGGCACAUGAAGGUGGACAUUGUGAGCCGUCCCUUCCUGUGCCUGAAUGAGGUCCAGAAACUCGUCGAGGAUCUCAUCACCCUUGCACCCCACCAGGAGACAUUGGUUGUGUGCAGCUUGGGCAUAUAUGAGAUCAUUAGUUUGGAGGAUUACAAGCCUUGCACGGAGGCAGGAGGGCACGAGGCUGUCAAGACCAUAACGAUGAGAAUGAAGAUAGAUGAGGUAAACGAGGUCUGCAAAGCCCAUAACAGUUUGCUCAAGCAGAUGAAGUUGGUGAAGAAGGCACUUGAAUCCCUGUCAGGAAAUGUCCGUGUCACAUUCACUUCCAUCCUGCCCGUCAGCCUGGGGUCAUUCCGGGAGAAGCAGAUGGCAGCACACAAGUCAGAGGGCCAACACGAAUUGGAUAGUGAAUUCAUGCCCCACAAUGAGAUGCAGAGCAUGGAUAUCUGCCAGUUCCUGUGCUCGUUCAAUCGACUCAUCUUGAACGGAGUCAACGUAGAUUACACAAAGCAAAAGAUUGAAUGGAACCUCCUCAAGUCCCACAUCUUUCGCAACCCUACCACAGUCGAGAGGCACCUUGAAGAUGGCCUGAACCCAUCUGUGGAAGCUGUACAAUCACUAAUGGUCCCGCACCUACGUGACAUCAUUUUGAAACACUCCCAGGCACGGUAUCACAAGAUUGUACUGCUACAGGACUUGAGGAUAAGUGACUUGGAGAAGUGGACCAGUGACUUUACUUACUUGCAUUUCAAAGUAAAGGCCAAAGAGGAAGGAAGUAUCAAGCUCUCUUGUGCAGAAUUAUUACCGGAACUUCCAGUGUUCAAACAGUCAUUGAUUGUGAUAAGUUUUGGGUUAUAUGAUCUAGUUAAGCUCACAGGAAAUCCUGAAGUGAAGGUAGAGUUACUGUUUAAGGGAAAGUCAAAAGAAGAAGUAUGCAGAGAAAUGCUGGAUAAUAUGAGAAAUUUAAAAAAUCGAUUGAAGAAACAAUACGAAGGCUGUGAUGUCAUCUUUGCUACCAUUUGCCAAGUAGAUUUAUUGUCAUAUUUGGAAGAAAACUCAAAACCCAGCAAAGAUGGCAGUACACAGGAAAGUGCUCCUGUUUCUUCAGAAGAAUUGAGUAAGCUCAGAGACAUUAUUGAUGAGGUCAACAAAGUAAUACGUGCAGAAUCUCAAUCUAGGAAGCUGCCACUGUGGGAUUUCUGUAAGAUAAUCUGUGGCAGCUCAGAGGAAGAAGCCUCAAAGACUCCCAAGCGUAUUCCAAAGUCCGUUCUCUAUAAUGGAGUUCACUUAACCAAGAACUCGGUUUUGCGGAUAAUGGAAGCCUGUUUGGCGUAUUCCACUGCCUUGAGCAUCUAUAACAAUGAGAACCCGAAAGCAAAAAAAGCUGGAAUGGCUUCAGCUCGCUCUCAGUCUCCAGUGUUUCAGAGGGGGGCGAACAAGAGAUCCUCUGGGUUCCACAGACAAGACAGCCCAGAGAGCAAAAGAGAGAACAGGCAGGUGGACGAGGAUAGGUCUUUCAAGAACAGAAGUAGCAGCAGCAGCAGCAGCAGGAGGAGGUCGUUUAUCAGGGACAAGAGCUUGAGCCCAGUACAUGAUCAGGUUGGGAUGAAAGCUGCUGCACGACAGUUCAAGCAGUCAGUGAUGGGCAUUUUGGAUAUCAAGGACUCGCAUAGGUUGAGAGGUAGCAGGGAUAGGAGCCCUAGCCCCAUCAGCGACCACAGUCAUUACAGAUCGCGGUCGGGACACACACACAAAUAUUCUCACUCAAGAUUUGGCGAGAGGGACAGGCGCAGCCCAGAGGUGAAUAGCAACUUCGGCCGUCGUCUGUCUUCUCCAAGAAGGGAUGGUUGGAGGCCUACCUUUAGCCAGUUCCCUUUAAACAGGGAUCGAAGCAGGGGUGGAUGGAGAAGAAGCAACACCCCCCCUGAUCAGUGGGCCCGGAACUGCGAGGAGAGAAGCCACAGUCAACUGCGUAGGCACAGGAGCCCACUCGCUGACCAGAGGGACACCAGAGCACACAACUCCUACUGGGAACACAGGAGCAGUGGGAGAGAGCGUUUUUGUCCAGAGGCAAGGAACUACCCAGCGAACAUGUCUUCCAAUUCAAGUUAUUAUCCAGCUGAUGAACGGCAGAACUCCGGGAGCUCAAGAAGCUCAUUCACCUUUAAGAGCUCUGGAAGGAGUCAAAGGCAUCACCCCCAACGCUCCUCGAGCCCAGAGGAGAAGGACCCAAUGGCUAGAGAUGCAGUCAAGUCACUCUACCAGAUCCACUCGCGUGAGUGCGAUAUGUACAGGCAGCAGCCCCAGGCACAUCCAGACUAUGGGAAGGAGUAUCGGGCUUUCUAUGACCGGAAAGCCCAGCAAGUGGUCCUCCUAGGCGGCGACCCUUCCACCUACGACCUGACGGAAGACUGGGGAAGCUUCUGGCCGGGGCGGAUGGAGGAGAUCUUCUGCGAGAGUUGGAAGAAGAAGAAGAGAGAGUGUUUGGCACUCCUUCGACCCGCUUCGUCCUCGUCGUCGUCCUCGUCGUCGUCUUCGUCGUCGUCUUCGUCGUCUUCGUCAUCGUCCUCAUGUGAUUCCUCAGAUGAUUUAGGAUCUGAGUACGAAAGAUCGGGAGAGGAGCGGCAAAGAAGCAGACGCAAACGGAAAAGGGGAAAGGCCAAGAAGAAGCGAAUCUCCAACAAGAAGAGAGUAAUUUCCGAUAAAGAGUCACAGGAGGGUAAGAUGUCGAUCAAGAGGAAGGGAUCUCAUGAAAUGGGUAAGUCCGGUAGAGGAAGGAAUUCCGAUAUUGUAACAUCCUUGGGUGAUUGCGGCAGCAAAGGAAAUGCAGGUUUUGUUACUGAAGGCUUCCCUCGAUAUUCUAGUCUUCUUGAAGAUGGCCAUCACUCCUUACCAGACAUGGUAAGAAGAGGUGAUGGCUUGGAAACUGAAGUUAGGAUGCAGAAAGUCCAUGAAGCAAGCGGCACGAAUCAUGAACGUCAUUUGGAGGAAACAACUGCGAAAGCAUAUAAUGCAGACUUAGAUCUUUAUAACUUGACUAACAAGGUAAAACCAGGUUUGGAUGAUACUAAGUUCAGUAACAAGAAACUCCAGGAAAUACUUAAUAAUCAACCAUCAGAAGUGACAGACUUCUUGGCCAAGAUCUUCCAGGGAACAAGUCCAAAGAGUCAGAGUACUUCAGCUUUUCGUAGCACCAGUGCCCCUUCUGCCAGAAGCCAAGAGUCGUUUGACAGAUCUUUGAAAGGUAGCAAGUCAGAUCUAUUACACUCUGGUGAAGGCAGAAGGGAAGAUAGGCUCCCUCUAGGUAAGGAAAGCAGUAACUACAUUGACAUGUUCCAGCUAACGAUGCCAGAAACUACUACGAUUUACGAGUCCACAGUGAUGAACCUUUUAAAUCCUGACAGAAAAGAAACACGAAAAGCCAGUGCAUUGGAACCUCCAUCUCGUAGGACCUCUGAAGCUUCAGUCCGAUAUCCAAGACUUUCCAAGUCUUGGGAUUCACCAGCUGUCCCUCAGACUCUGGGAACAUCGUCUGUAAUAUCAGAAGGUAGUAGUAGCAGUCAUUUCUUACACAGCCCACUUGAGCGGGAAAGUUCUGGCUCCUCAGAAAGACUCCACCGACGAGAGGAAGUGAACUAUAAAGUGAGGGGCAGAGACUAUCCAAGCGAUGAGCGGGAAAAAACUCUGAAAGUGAACAUUGGAACCUCAAAACCAACACUUAGAGCGUUUGAAUCCCUUAAUCAUCAGCAAUGUUUCUUGGAAUCUCUCAACUCCCCAACGACCUCCCAGGUUCUGGGGACUCCAAGUGUGACGUCAGAAGAGGUCAUGGAUGUGUUGAAGAUCCUGGACCGGAACGGAGAGAAGAUGGGCGAACUCAGGUACCCAAUCAAAGUCCUGUAUGAGAAAGCCUUAGAGCUGCAGCAGUGUGGACAGGGCGCCAUGAAGAUCUUCUCCGAGAGCGAGAACAUCACCCUGAUGAAAGUCAUCAGCAAGAGGAUGUUCCGGCUGUCGAACGACGGUGCACUAAGCAUCAUUCAGAAGGUGAUCAUGCAGGAAGCUUUGGAGAGGCUGAAUAAGCUGCUCGAUCAAGAAAAGGAAAGGACUCUGUAUGAGUCUACCGAUGUAAAGAGCAUUGCUCGUGCCUGUCUCAGAAAGAACGUCGAGGCCACCCUGACCUUCAUCCGAGACGCUCUUGCCUACGAGGGCCACUUGGACAUCUCACAGGAGCUGCUCAAGAAGAUCUACCUCAGGGUGAAAGGAGAGCAACUGACGAUGAUCUCAGGAAGUACGAGUGGAUCCAUGUUGGAGUAGUCUCCCUUUUUUAAGGAUUGUGACCUCUUUGAUGGAGUUGGAUCCACUUUACUGGAGUCAGAUCCCCUUUUAUAGAGCUGGAUCUAUUUUGCAAGGGUCAGAUCCUAUGUUGUACAGCUGGAUCUACUUUCCUUGAGUCAAAUUGUAGGAGUUAGACGUGAGUGGAAGUUAGAUCCACACUUUAACUCUCGCGUGGUCCAACAACCAAAGAGCGUCAUCCUUGGAGAGCAGUUGCAUCUAAUAUUGGAUGUGAGAAAGAAAGGAUUCCUGGUCAUCACAUGGAGGGUUAUAUGAUUGUACUCUAUUGUUACUCUAUUACUUUAUAAGGUGAUUCUCUAUCAAAUGGUAAUACACCGUACCCAUGCCAGAUUGUAUAGGCAGUUCUGUGGUUAUUUUUCCUUAUUUUUUCUCUUUGUUUAUUGUCAUGUCUAUUUAUGUUAUUUAUUUAUUUAUUUUUCAUUUUAUUGAUAUUUUGCCCUUGUUUGCAUUCCAUUCUAAUUUGGAUUUCAGUGCGUCAGAUUUUUUUUAGUUUCAACAGACGAUUGUAUAAUGUUCCAUAAAUGUAAAUGAAUAUGAACAAUUGAUAUUAAGACAGUCAUUGAGCUUUAUACAUAGCCUUUGCACACGGUUAUGUGUAGAUCUGACAUUACUUUCUAAUUCGUAGAAGAAAAAAAAAAGUGGCGUAGAACUAUUAAAAGGAAAAUUUGACUGGAAAGAAAUUUAAAAAUUCGUAAUGGCAUAUACAUCACUUACGCAAGUGACGUACUUUUAUAACGAAUCGUAAUAUAUGUAAUACGAAUGCAAAUUAUGAUUUACGUUUUUUUUUGUUGUUGUUGUUUUUCUCGCAAUCGUCCCUAAUAAACGCCCAUGGUGAUUUUUAUUUAUCUUUCGUCUGUGGCAAAUCGUAUAUAUAUAUAUUUUUUUUAUAUUUUAUUAUUACUAUUCGUUGUGAUAAUUUCAUCUGCAUGAUUCCCAUGAAUAUUUGUAUUUUUAUGUAAAUAUGAUUUUGGUGUAGGUUAGUGUGGUUAUUUUUAUUUGUGUGAUUUUUGGCGGGAAUUUCGAAAGUACAAAUGCGUUAUGUAAGAAACGAAAAGAUAAUUUGGUAGCCUUAAGCUGGGUGGUUUUGUCAACGGAUUCAUGCGUCUCUCUCUCUCUCUCUCUCUCUCUCUCUCUCUCUCUCUCUCUCUCUCUCUCUCUCUCUCUCUCUCUCUCUCUCUCGCUCGCUCGCUCGCUCGCUCACUGUUCGUAUAAGCAGUAUAAGAUUUAUAAAUUAAAUUUUUAAUUUUUAUUUGCAGUUUUAUUAGAGAAUAAGUUUCCGCCAAUAAUUAUUUCUGGUUUUAUUAUUAUCAUUAUUGUUAUUAUUAUUAUUUUUUUAUUAUUAUUAUUGUUAUUAUCAUUAUAUUUAAUAUCAUCAGUUUGUUCUUCAUUGUUGAUGGUAAUAUUUACAUAUCAUUAUCUUUAGAGUUGUUUUUCUUCAGAUAAAAAAAUAACGACUUCAACAGUUUGUAGUUUGAUGAAAACAUGACAGAAAAGUACACUUGUCAUUAUUCCUGUAAUUCGUAUUUAUUCUUGUUUUGUCAUUUAAGUUUACAGCAGUGUUUCAAAUUCACUUUUGAAACUUCUUUUUAUUGUGAAAGAGUUAUGUUGAGAAUAAAAUAAAUUUGUAAAUGAAUUUCCUGUAAUUAAAUAUAGGCUUGCACGUGUUUGUAAAUGUGUAAAUAAAAGAAUGACAAA